CACAAGCAAGAGAACGAAGCAGGAAAGUUGGUUCCUUGCAACAGCCAGGAAAAAAAGGGGGCCGCUCAAAAAGCAUAGAAACAAGAAAAGCUUGGAACCCCACCCUUUUUCCACUCUCUUUCUUUAUUUAAAUAUCUUGCCCUCCCUUGUUGCAACUUUUAACUAGUUCUACUGCAAAGAAUGCUGUUCUUGCUCUCCAGGCAGGCUUGGUAAGAGAGAUAGAGUCGUUGUUGAUAUGGGUAAUUGCUGGGGAUCUUCUUCUGAUCGAGAUACUAGUCACUGCUACAGCUCCACCAACAUUCCUACUACCCCAGGUACAUCAAACAGCUGCAGCAACAACAUAGAGUUCUCAGCAACCAGCAGUGCUAGCGCUUGCAGGAGUCAAUUUUCGGAGACAGUGAGUGAAAUUGUGGAGGAGGAAAGCCCUGAUGGGCGGAUCCUGGAAACACCAAACUUGAAAGUCUUCACCUUUGCAGAGCUCAAGACCGCAACCAAGAACUUCAAAGGUGAUACCCUGUUGGGUGAAGGGGGCUUUGGGAGAGUUUACAAGGGAUGGGUGGAUGAGAAAACUUUAACACCCUCCAAAGUCGGCUCAGGAAUGAUUGUCGCCAUAAAGAAACUGAACCAUGAAAGUAUGCAAGGUUUUGAAGAAUGGCAGUCAGAAGUGAACUUUCUGGGAAGGUUAUAUCAUCCGAAUUUGGUUAAGCUGUUGGGAUACUGCUGGGAAGAUAAAGAGCUGCUCCUCGUGUACGAGUUCUUGCAGAAAGGAAGCUUGGAAAACCAUCUGUUUAGACGAAAUCCAGCAAUUGAACCAUUAUCUUGGGAAUUGAGGCUUAAAAUUGCCAUUGGAGCAGCUCGAGGCCUAGCUUUUUUACAUACUUCAGAGAAGGUUAUUUAUAGAGAUUUCAAGGCCUCCAAUAUACUGCUUGAUGGGAAUUACAAUGCAAAAAUAUCAGAUUUUGGCUUGGCCAAAUUGGGGCCUGCCGGUGGAGAAUCACACGUAACGACCAGGGUGAUGGGAACAUAUGGUUAUGCUGCGCCUGAAUACAUCGCCACAGGCCAUUUGUACGUGAAGAGCGAUGUGUAUGGGUUCGGAGUGGUGUUGCUUGAGCUGAUGACAGGCUUGCGAGCAUUGGACACAAAGCGACCUAGCGGGCAGCAGAAUUUGGUGGAUUGGCUCAGACCAACUUUGUCUCUGAAAAAAAAGGUGAAAACCAUAAUGGAUGUGCGGAUUGAGGGCCAGUAUUCGUCCAAGGCUGCCAUACUAUCAGCCGAGCUCACCCUGAAAUGUCUGGAGCACGACCCCAAGAACCGUCCCUCCAUGAAAGAAGUUGGGGAAGCAUUGGAACGGAUCGAAUCACUUAACAAGGAAAAAUCAAAGGACUCCUCUAAAUCCGGCUCUAAUCAUUCUACAACUCCUCGGCAUGGCCAACAUUCUACUCCUCAUCGUUCCCCGCUUCAGUCAAGGCGACAUGGCGCUUCAACAUGAGCUCCAAGUCCAAGCUAAUCAACCUCCGGGGACAAGCUUCAAGUAAUAAAACUUGGGCUCAACAGCAUGCGUUUGUGUGUCUCUUCUUUUUUUUUGAUAUAUUGGUGAUUUUUUUUUAAUAUGAUAAAAUGAUCAUGAUUCUUUUUAAGAUCCACAUCUUUCACAAAUUUUUGUAAUCAGAGUCUUCAAUUUGGUCAUUAAAUUAAAGAUGAUCAUCACCAUAUAUAUAUAUAUAUAUAUAUAUAUAUAUAUAUAUAUGUGGUCUAGAGAGGAGUAUUUUUGUAAUGUAAAUGUUGAAAUAGAGUGAAGAAGAAUGUUGAGUUGCCUUGUUG